CGCUGCCCCACACUGCCCCACAUUCCGCUUGCUCUCACUCCUGACCGAGCCCCUUUCUGAGUUUGUAAAGAUGUCAAGGCUCCUGAGAGGUGUCUUCUGUGUCGUUAAGAUAUUCCACAAGUAUGCCACUGAGGAUGGCGAUAACCAGGCCACACUGACCCGCACAGAGCUGAGACAGCUUCUUGAGGGAGAAAUUGGGGACUUCCUUCAGCCACAUGUCUUUCAUGCUGUGGAGAGAAAGCUGAACCUUCUGGAUUUUGACAGAGAUGGUACCAUCAGUUUUGAGGAAUUUCUUCUUGCAAUCUUCAGCUUAUUGAAUCCCUCUUGUCUUGACAUAUCAUUACUAAAUUCAGAACCAAGACUGAUGUCUAAAUCAGAGAAGAUAGAUGCUGUGGAUUUUGGGGCAGUCGCUGGAAACAUUCAGCAGGUAGUAGGGGUUGGGCCAACUCAAGAAAGGCUCAUAUUUCCAUCAGAAAUGGCAUCAUCAGGUCAGCCCAGCGAUGAAGAAGGUGAGGUAGGUGAUGAGCCUAUGGUGAGCCCAUGUGAAGACAUUACGACCCACGACCUGCCAAGAAAUGUGUCUGAGCCAAAUGACCCUGAAAACCAACAGCCAAAAGAAGAUGCUCGGGAAGUCGCAGAAAAUGUACCAGCAACUGAAUACAAUGGAGUCCAAUUUAAGAGAAAUACAGCAGUAGAAGUACCCAAACAGAGCACCAGUUCAACACAGGAGAUCCCAAGAGAAAGAAGUAAACCAUCCAGGAGGCAAAGUGACACCAAGAUAAGUGACCAUAUGAUACAGAGGCCAACUGAAGAUGAGGAAAAUACUUCUACAACACAAGAUCCAUUCCUGCAGAAAAAAGGCCCCUCCGGGUCAGAGCACACUGAUUUGCCAGUAGUAGCUGCCACUGGGAAAUCAUCUCAAACACAGGAAACUUUUGAGCUUACAGAUGAUACUAAACUAUCUGAGACUCAAGAAACUGGAAAGGAUGGUGGCAGAAUACCACCUGAAACCACAAAUUUAGAGGAGCCCAAUGCUGAUGCUAGAGCAGCUGAGAGCCUCGGAUUGCCAGCACAAGAAAGAGAACACAAAAUAAGGGGCCAGUCUGUUCAAAGCCGGAGCAGAAAUGUUUCAGAAACAUCUAGUAGAGGAGAACAGGAGGAGGAGUGGAAAGAACAUGAAAGAAUAACCAGAUCUCCAGCACCAGAAGCUGAAACACGGGAUGAGAAGUGUCAAGAAUCCCCAGGAUCAUGGAAGGAAAAUGAUGCCAAAAAGGGCUCUGCUGUGAAAGAUCCAAGCUCUGAAGAAGGAAAUCAGAAUCUCCCUGAAGUUAAGGAAGACUCUAUCUCAGGAAAAGAGGCAAGACACAGUGAGGAAGAUACAGUAGAUGCACUUGCAAUCAACAAAAACAGCCCUGCAGCUGAAGAGACACUGGGAACAAGAGAAAGGUCCCAAGAGCUGGCACCACUUGAGAAGCAAUCUCAAAGAAAAAAGCAUAGGGCCACCAGGACUCAGGACAAGCCAGUCAGGAAGGAGGACCACGAUGAGGGAGAAGAUUCUGAGUUAUCAGUUACACAGAGUGAUGAGGGCUUUUGUGAAACUCCCAACAGCCUGGCUCCAGAGGCAGGUAAGAGCAGCUCAGAGAUAGCUGAGCCACAUGUACCAGAGGAUGCACAGAGUCAGGCAGACCACCAUGGGGAUGCUAAGCAAGAAAGUCACACUAACAACCCAGAUCCCAGGAAGCAGGGAGCUCCAGGUAAGAGCAGCAGAGAGCAGGAGGCAGUAGUGCUGUCAAUCCAAGAAGAUGAGCAGCUUCCAGAGGGACAGGGACAGUCUGCCAGAGAGAAGCAUGAUGGUCUGAGCUCAAGGACCAAAGGAGGCCCAGGGGCAGCUGUGGAGUCCAGUGAGGGAGAGGAGGUACAGGAGGCCAUAGCUGGGAGUGAAAACAGAAAAUCCCUAGAGGCAGAGAGUUCGGAGGCCCAGUGAGUCUACUGAAUGUUGAUCUAUUUGGCUUGAUGGAGAUUUGGAUUAAACUUGAUAAUUAAAUAACCUGAUGAUC